AUCUUAGGAAACAAAACCUAUUUGUGGUCAAAGUUGUUGAUGUAAAAAGUAUGAAAAGCAAACUGUCAUGUUGUGUAAUUAUUGUGAUCUGACAAUGCUGCUUUAUUAUUGUUUUAUUAUUUUCCUGUUUGCAUGGACACAAGUCAUCGGAGUCCAAGCCUGAACAGAGACCUGGUCGCAUCAGGACCACAACAACAGGGCGUCAGAGGACCUGCAGCUCUGCUCUGAGGUGACACAAGACAAUCUGAGCAUGAGGCUGCUUUCACGUUCAUUCUUCUUUGUCUCACGUGGUGUGACUCCUCCUUCUGCAGGAUUUAUAGGAGGAGGCAGCAGAGACUGUCGCACACACACACACACACACACACACAGCAGCUGACAUGAACCUCUGUGGACACAGACAUGGUGUGUGAUACUUUCACAGCUACAAGGACAAACUAUACGCAGCAGGUAUUAGCAUGUGGUGAAAUGGAGGGAGCCGUCUUUGUCACUGUUCAGAAGAUCUAUUACCCUUUGCUGUGCAUCAUGGGAAUUCCAGCUAACCUCUUCACAUUCUACAUGAUCUGCUUCCGUAAAUGUGGGAUGUCCGACACGGCGAGCAUUUACCUGAGCUGUCUGGCCAUCGUGGAUUCCCUCUACGUCGUGUGGGUGAUCCUCAUUGACCUCAGCCUCACCUUCUGGCUGCUGCAGCCCUUCUGGCAUUCCCAUCCGUGGUGUGGCAUCCUGGGAUUCCUGCAGCACGGAUCACUGUACAGCUCCUCCUGGAUCGUGGUGACGUUCACCAUCGAGCGUUACCUGGUUCUCCGCAGCACAGCAGCCAAGCAGCACUUCUCCCAGGCCUGGGUCACUAAAGUGACCUGUGUGGCUAUCGUCCUGGUGUCUCAUCUGGUCUCUGUGCCACUGGGCUGGAUCAACAUAGUCUCCGAUGUCAACGUCACUGUGAACGGGGAGAUUGUGACGCUGCCCCGGUGUCAUUACCGUGACGAGGUCUACGCCACUGUAAUUGUUUGGAUAACCAUGUUCCUCUCAGGGGGAGUCCCCAUCGUGUUGGUCAUCAUCUUCAACUACCUCAUAGGAUACCAUCUCUGCCGCGCAAGCCACCUCUUCACCAAGGAGGAGUGCCGCGUCAUGCAGGGGAGGUGCAUCAGGGGCAUGUUGCGGAGGACCAUCCUGUUGCUGGGCACCGUCUCUGUGGCCUUCGUCGUCCUCAGCCUUCCUCGCUUCGUGACCUACGCCAUCCUAAGAACCAAGUACAACUACUCCAGCUUCAACAGGAAUGACUACAGAAUUCCCAUCAACGUGGCCGGAGACCUGGCCAACAUGCUGCAGAACCUGAACUCCACCACCAACUUCCUGCUCUACUGCAUGGUCAGCCAGCGCUUCAGGAGGGAGCUGGUCCAGGUGGUGACGUGUAAGGACAAGGCCCGUGAGCUGGGCUCUGUUCUAACACACACCACCAUGAAGGUCUUCUCAGUCGUGGAUCGUAAGCUGUCGCCGGGCAGCAGACCCGUGACUGUGGUGCUCACCAGUAUCACACACACACACAGUAGAAAUGACCUGUUCUCACCUUCAUCUUCUUCUCAUGGAAACAUUUGUUUGCGUUAACUCGUCUCACUCUUUCAGAAAAGGGUGGAAUGUGCGCUGUGGGAGAGGGGGAGGAGUUAAGUAUCUCGGGGUCGUGUUCACAAUUGUGUUAUUUUAAACAUAUACAAAUAAAAGUGAAGUAAAAGUAUAUAAGUAUAAAUAUAUAUAAGUGAAGUAAAAGUAUAAACGACAACAGUUAACAGUCGUUUAUACAGAUAUAUAUACAGUGAUAUGACAGUCGUCAUAUCACUAAUGUCAAAGCGGUGUUUACGUGAACGUGAUGUUUGUGUAGCCUGGUGAAAGUUAACGUAACAGCAUUAGUAAGGGAAUUAGUAAGCAAUGUUUUUCCCACCCGGCUAAACUGUGCUGUAAAGCAGCUUUCAUCACACAAAGAAGAGAAAUACACAUCAAUACACCAGCACCAAGUCUUUAUAUCAUGAUAUUUUUACACCGGAUAUUCAACUGUAAUUUCUGGCCCCUCCCCCCGUGACUGUCCAGUGACCUCAUCGAUUAGUGCAACUGAUGGAGCAACAACUGUGUGGCAUUUUGAUAAAAACAUGGACAGUAUCUCAUGGAAAUGCAUGACGGAGCCAUGUUGUGUCCUCCAGUGGCGUCAUGUGAAAUGUAUGAUGUGUCAUUCUCCCUACACUUUUACAGUGGCGCCACCAUGAGGUUGAGCUGCAUGACUGCCAUUAAAUGAUUGAUUUUGAUAUUCA